ACAGAUUCAACUACAAGAUUAUUAGAAUCGAUCACACAGCACAGUGCUAUACGUCAAACAUAUUUAGAGUAAAAAGUUUGGCAUCAGAAAACAGGAAAUAAAUAUUGCAGUCAUUCGAAACAAUUCAGUCGUCGGGAACAGAUAAAAUUCGACAAAAAUAAAAAUAAUAAAAAAUAUAAAAAUGGGAAAGGAAAAUAAAUAUAAACCGAAUGCCGAAAAACCAACCAAACCAACCAUGAAGCGGUACUUCGGCAAGCCCCUCCAACAGCAUCAACUAAAAGCUGGAGAACAGGUUACUCACCCUCCAUAUGGAGGUCCUGCCGCCUCUGGCUUGCAGAAGCAGAAGCAGGAAGAGGAGCAAGGAGAAUGGCAGACACAAAGGUGUCAGAAGAGGCGCGAUAAGGCCGGGGAAGGCUGGGGCGGAAAGCAGCAGCAGCAGCAGCAACUUCCACAACAGCGCGAUCCUAUAGAAAAACAGAACCAACAACAGCAGACAGUACAAAGGCGUCUUCAGGGCCACAAUGAACAACACCAAGGAGGCUCCCAGUUCUAUGGUCCACCAAAACCGCAAGACGAACUCCCAAAAUGGCCAAGAGCCCAGAACCGAGGUCUGCCUCUGCAGCCUCUGCUCCCUCAGACCCAAAAAGUGGUGCCGCCACUCCCAGCAGGCACCAUGAAACGUGGAACUUUGGGAAAACCAGGUCAAGUAUCUGUUAAUUAUCUCGACGUUAACUUGGAUAAAAUGCCUGCGGUGGCCUAUCAGUACGAUGUGAAGAUCACGUCAGUAUUUCCUAAGAAGUUCUAUCGUCAGGCUUUUGAUCAGUACAGAGUUGAACAUUUGGGGGGUGCGAUUGCCGCAUAUGAUGGACGUGCAUCGUGCUACUCAGUUGUGAAACUAAAAUGCAGCCCCCAGGGCCAAGAAGUGAAAGUAACAGAUCGCCACGGCCUUACCUUGAAUUACACUGUGGAGCUCAAGAAGACACAGGACUGGGAAGUCGAUUUGAGCUCACUAAGAAGCUACAUGAAGGACAAGAUUUAUGAUAAGCCCAUGCGAGCCUUGCAGUGUCUGGAGGUUGUGUUGGCGGCUCCCUGUCAUAACACCGCUAGACGCGCCGGUCGCUCCUUCUUCAAAAGGUCUGAUCCCGGAAACGCCUUUGAUCUUAAAGACGGCUACGAAGCUCUGGUUGGGCUCCAUCAAACAUUCGUGCUUGGCGAUCGCCCGUUUGUUAAUGUGGACAUAUCACACAAGGCCUAUCCGAAGGCCAUGUCGAUCAUUGACUAUAUAGAGCAUUAUCAGCGGCAGAAAAUUGACAAAAGCACAAAUCUUGACUACAGGCGUUCUGAUAUUGAGUCAUUCCUAAAUGACAUUUAUAUAAUUUACGACCCGCCUGCCUGUCUUGGCAGCGCCCCUCGCGUCUUCAGAGUCAACGGGCUUUCCAAGGCUCCGGCUAGCACUCAGACAUUUGAGCUGGAUGGGAAAGAAACGACCGUUGCAAAGUACUUCAAGUCUCGGGAGUAUGAUUUAAAGUUUCCGAACCUUCUCUGCUUGCAUGUUUGGCCGCCGUUAAAACGCAUUUAUUUGCCUAUCGAACUAUGUCGCAUGGACGAUGGGCAGACAAUGAAGCGCAAGGAUACUGCUGCUCGGGUGGCGGCCAUGCUUAAGUUUGCUGGCACGUCAACCAACGAGAGGAAGGCCAAGAUCGUCCGCUUGCUGGAAUAUUUCAAGCACAAUUUAGACCCGACCAUCAGCCACUUUGGCAUACGGCUGGGCAAUGACUUCAUCGUCGUGAAUACACGCACGCUCAAUGCGCCUCAGAUUGAGUACAAAAACAACAAUUUGGCUUCGGUGAGGAACGGUUCGUGGCGCAUGGAUCGCAUGCAAUUCUUUGAACCCAAGCCAAAGCCACAUAAAUGGGCCAUACUCUACGGUAAGAUUAACUACCAGUAUGUGGACGAGCUUCAGAAGAUGGUUCUUCAGCAGAGUCGCACCCUCAAUCUGUGCCUGGAUACCAAAGCCGAGAUACGGAAUUACAAGGACGAACGUGAAAUAGAUGCUCAUUUCCACGAUUUCAAAAAAAAUCAAUUUGAUUUGGUGUUCGUUAUUAUACCAAAUGUCGGGCGCUGUUAUGAUGUCGUGAAGCAAAAGGCUGAGCUGAAGCACGGCAUUCUCACACAAUGCAUCAAGCAGAUCACAGUCGAGCGUAAAUGCAACCCGCAGUGUAUUGGUAACGUUCUACUUAAGGUAAAUUCCAAGCUGAACGGUAUUAAUCACAAGCUAAGGGAUGACCCGCGCUGUCUGUUAAAGAACGCAAUGUUUUUGGGUGCCGAUGUGAGUCAUCCGUCGCCCGAUCAGUGGGAGAUCCCCAGUGUGGUGGGUGUUGCCGCCUCCCAUGAUCCAUUCGGGGCUUCAUAUAACAUGCAAUAUCGCUUGCAACGCUCUACCCUGGAGGAGAUCGAGGACAUGGAGUCGAUAACCCUGGAGCACUUGCGUGUUUAUUAUCAGUUCCGGAAAUCCUAUCCCGAGCACAUCAUCUAUUACCGUGAUGGUGUCGGCGAUGGUCAGUUCCCCAAGAUCAAAAGUGAAGAGUUGAGAGGAAUUUCUGCGGCCUGCUGCAAGAUGCACAUUAAACCCAAGAUUUGCUGCGUCAUUGUAGUUAAGCGGCAUCAUACGCGCUUCUUUCCGAACGGAGCUCCAUCGCAAUAUAACAAGUUCAACAAUGUCGAUCCGGGAACCGUCGUCGAUCGCACCAUUGUCCAUCCCAAUGAGAUGGAGUUCUUCAUGGUCAGCCAUCAGGCGAAUCAGGGGACGGCCAAGCCGACGCGUUACAACGUAAUUGAGAAUACGGGCAACUUGGAUAUUGAUGUACUGCAGCAAUUGACAUACAAUCUUUGUCACAUGUUUCCUCGUUGCAACCGCGCAGUGUCUUAUCCGGCUCCGGCAUAUUUGGCACAUUUGGCUGCGGCACGUGGACGUGUCUACCUCACUGGCUCCACCAAGUUCCGUUCUCCACAGGAGGAGUACGCAAAGCGUUUGAUUGUUCCAGAGUUCAUGAAGACGAAUCCUAUGUACUUCGUGUAGGCAUCAAAAAACAGCUUCACUUCUGCCUAUAGUAAUUCAAUUCAAAUAUGAUUAUUCUUUAUAAAUUGUAUAUUUUAUCAUUAUCAUCAUGUAAGGGGCACACUCUACUCUACUCUACUCUACUCUACUCUACGUUAUGCUAUAUGACACUAGACAUAUGUAUUCCAGAGCUGUCGACCAGAGCUACGCAGUAGCCGGCGCACGUGUGUGCUGAACGGGUCGCUUCGUCCGCCGCUUGAAGUCCUGGUUGGUCCAAUCGUCCCACUUGCGAGUUCGAAAAUCUCUCCUGAGCCUGGCCCGGGAUGGUUUAAGGUUUAAGGGAAAAUACGGUUUAUUUACUUUUUUAUUCGUAAAAGCCAAUUUUUUGUAUCGUUAUAUUUUGACUGCACCGCGAAUUAAUUUCGAUUGCAUUUAAAUUGUAUCGAACCAUUGGUCAAUCAUUUGAAAUAAUUUACUUGCUUGAGCGCAUGAAAAAUAGCAGAACCUCUGAUGAAACAAUUGUGUGUGGAUUGACAUGUGCAUGAAAGAUUUCACUCCUUUCCUUAG